GCUCUUUCGUAUUGCCCGAUAAUUUUUCGACCGCGCUGCUUGUGUUUUCGGUUCCCGCUGAAACAAACAUAAAAAAAAGAAUAUAAAAAAUAUAUAUAAAAAAAAAUGGAUGUAGGGCGAAAAUAGUUAAACCACUUUAAAUAUACGAAAUACGCGAAUUUCGGAAACUAGAAAAUCCAUCUUUUAAGGUAGUUUAUUUAUCCAUCUCGCUUUUUCACUCUCCUCUGUGUGCGUGCGUGAGUGUGUGUGUAAAGGCCAAAUAGUGCCCUUCGCCUCCCCGGCCACGCCCCCUUGGGCAGAGUAAUAAAAUGGGAAAGAGAAUAUAUAUCUUGCUCCUUUAGAAUUUACCUGUGAAAGUGAAAACGUGACAACACGAUAAAACGGACGAAGCAAGCAAAACAAAAAACGAGUGCAUAAAAACAACGAAGGAGGAUAAGAAAAAGAACAAGUGCAGCAAAUCAGAAAAAAGAGAACGGAACAAGAACACAGAAAAAAAGUAAAAAUAACCAACGAAGAAGGGCAAGGAAAACAAGAACAAAAACAUCAGAUAUUGACAGACUCGAAAACGCCGACAAUUGGGAUUUGAUUCACACACCGCUAUGCUUUUGCAGUACUCGUGCUAAAACGUUUACUAUAAUGAAUUCCGCGCGGCACCAUCGUAUUGGAGUAUUUCUGUCUCCAUAACUUGGCCACCGUUUACAUAAAAUUAAAACUUAAAUAUAAUAGUAAUAUUAUACUUAGCCCGACUACAAGCCCAAACAAGACCCGCAUAUCGGUUGCCACACCGCGGACAGCAAAGCACUGCAAGGUAAAAAGCCAUCUAGUCAAACAGAGACAACGAAGGAAAGCCGCCAACUGCCUGGAGGGCAGAACGGAUCCGAGUGGACGCAAACCCAAAUCAAAACUUGACAGAGGACCCGGAUCCAGAGACCGCAAACCUGGCUAAGAAGAUGCCAUACCAUCGAGGCGGAGAUGCCUCUUCCCAGGCCGACAAGCUGAGCGGCAUCGUGGAGGAGAGCGAUCUGUACGAAGGGUUCGCCCCGCAUGUCGAGACGUCCGAGAUCAAAACCCUCGACUUCUACAAUUUACCAAAGCAAACUGGCAAGGAACCGGCACUGCGCUCCUACACGGAAAUCCAGCAGCUGCUGCAGCAGGGCAAGAAGCGCGACGUGAAGAACAUACUCAGGGAGAACUCGUGGCCCAUUAACUCCCCGAUCCGAGCCCAGCUAUGGCCGAUGUUGUGUGGCCAGCACCAGACCAAACAGCAAAUGCUAGAUGGCUUCUACUGGGAGAUGGUUCACCAGGUCUUUGGCACCACGGAGCUGUCGGAGAAGCCGAUCAUGCUGCCCGCCUUUGUGGAUGCCACCCACUGUUUGCCCUACCACUUGACCAGCACGGGACGAGCCGUGGCCGAUCGCAUCGUGAAUGUCCUGGGCUACGACUGCCCCGAUAUUACCUACAGUCCAGUAUUGUAUCCCAUUACAUCGAUACUUUUGCAUUUCAUGUCGGAGGAGGAGGCGUACAUAUGUCUGGCCGGUCUGGUCGGUAGCAAGGAGAAGGUAUUCAUCAAUCAAACCAAACUACAGCACGAAGUCACUUGGAAGACGGUGAUGCAGAUAGCCAAAAAGCACACAAAAAGUGCUACUUCGUAUUUCCAACGUAUUUGCCCGGGCCUGAAGCUAGAACGCAUCUUCAUGGACUGGUGCUGGUGGAUUCUAGCCGGUCUACCCUUCCAGCAUCUGGUGCGGAUCAUGGACUGCUACUUCCACGAGGGCAUCAAGGUCCUGUACCGCGUGGCCCUCGUCAUACUCAACCUGUUUCACAAGGAGUGCCAGUCGAACAACGAAUGGAGUCCGGACAACAUUAAAAACGACAUUGGCAACGCUUUGAUCAAGUUCUGCAAGAAGAUACCAGUGUCGCCGGCGAAGUUGCUCCAUGCCGCGUUUAGUAUUAGGGGACUGAGUACCCAGUAUAUUUCUAGAAUAUUUAUCAAGACUGAAAUGCUACUAAAAAGCCGCUCCGUGCUCACCAGCGGUUCGAAGCAAUUAAUCAAAUCGCGUUCAAGUGAUAAUCUGCCCACUAGUCAGUCGCAGGUCAACAUCCAAAUGAUGUCCCACACCCUGACCAUCCGAGAGGGUGAAAAAUCGCCCGGUCAUAGAGCAAUCGCGAUGGGCGUUUAUCCCAUACACAAUCUGAAAAGUCAAGCUUGUAAGAACGAAGAUCUGUUCACGCUGUGGUCCUGGCUGCCCGUGCGGAUAACAAUGUACCAACCGGUGCUGCUCUACACCACGGAGGAGCACGGCUGCUCACUAACCACGUUCUACGUUCGGGUGGAGCAGCAUGAACCCACGCUGCUCAUGAUCAAGACGUGCAAUAAUGAGGUAUUUGGUGCCUACUGCUCUUCGCGCUGGUUUGAAAGAAAUGUAAAAGAUGACAAGGGCCAGCGACAGGCCUACUUCGGUACGGGCGAAACCUUUUUGUUCUCCCUAUAUCCAGAAAGAGCCAAGUACCCAUGGGUGGGCAUUGAGGGCGACAAGGACCUGGGACACAGCUCCGAACUAUUUAUGGCGGCCGACUCCAAGAUGAUCACUAUUGGUGGCGGCGAGGGGCAGGCCAUCUGGAUGGACGAGAACAUUCGUUUCGGAAAGACGGACAGCUGCAAGACCUUUAACAAUCCGCCGCUGUGUCCGUCGGGCGACUUCGAGAUUCGGGUGCUGGAAGUCUACGGAUUCGUGGGCAUCUAAAAACCUUCUUUCUUAGUCUGACCGAUAUUGCCCGCCGAUGAUCAAGUGCUCAGCAAAACUGCUCGACGUUCCCCCGCGUUUCCUUAACCAACUCAAACACCUACAGAUUGCUUUCCUUUCCGCCCAUUAUUGGCGUAUGCUGAUGGUACCAGGAUGAGAAAAUGUGUAAACAUUUAUGAAAGCUUAUUUAUAAAAAUGUAUCGAAAGUGGCCAAGCAGCAGUAAAUGCUGCCGUCGUCGUGUUAAUGUUAAAUGUUAAUGAAAAAAUGCAAAGCUAAAACAAAUUAUAUAUUAUAUAAUGGAAAUACUCUGUGAGUUCAUGUUUCAAAACGCAAAGCUUUGAAAUUACAAUACCCUAGUUGUUAUAACCCCUUUACAUACGUAUAUACAUGAUAUCUAUACAAACAAGUAUAUAUAAAAUGAAUUAUUAUAAUGUGUAUAUUUAUAUGUAAAACGUAUUUCUAUAGCCAUGUACCCGGAGCAAAGAAAAAAUUCCUUAAAAAUUUCAAGCAGAAUACCACACCGGAAAAUUUGGGCUGCAACAUCAUUUUUGUUUGUUAGCGUUAUUUCAUUUAAUUUAUGAAACUGUAUUUUUCUUUCUGUAAACCAAAUUUACUGACUUGACUGAAUUCGUUAUUAAUGUUAUUAAUAUUAUUAUUGCUACGUGUAUAGAAAGUGUAACUUGUAAAUUGCAUUGAAAACAACUGAAUGUUUCUGAAAGUUGUCCCAUUUGGUCGCAAAAUAUAGAGAUAAAGUAAAACCAAACCUCUUUCGAUUAGUACUGCUGCUGACGCCAAUGAUAUGCUCAGAUACUACACAUAUAAACUAUAACUAUUUAGCCCCCAAGUAAUGAAUAUAAGGCCAACGUCCUUAAGCAGCGGAAUUUGUAGUCGGUUCAAAGUCCAAAAUAAGUUGAAGGAACGAUUGGGCAGUGGAGAGCUGCCAUGUGCCACCAUGUGCAAUUGAUCUCAAAACGAAAAACGAAAAAGGAAAACAAAGAAAUGUAUUACAAGUUGAAGGCUUCAUAGGUAGACAUAAACAAAAACGGAGAACAAUCAAUAAUUAUUUUAAGAUUCCAUUCCAUUUUCAAUACCAACGAAAUUCUUUGCUCACCUCCACCUAAAAACUGCACGUACACAAAAUUUUUGCACACUUUUCUAGUCAAUUUUUAUGUUUUACAAAAAUAACAUGGUGUGUCUCCUCCCAUUUCCCUCUGGACGAACACUCAUCUGCCUUUGAGUGUCUGCAAAUUCCGAUGGCUUAUUGAUCGUUGCACUACUCAAACGAAUUGUUACAUUUAAAUAAAAGAACUACAACGAAUUGAGGGGAAGGGACAGGAGUGAUCACAGAUUGCAGAAUGUAAUGGGUAACACUCCACAACUAUUUCAUUGAGGAGCUGGUACUCCACAAUUCCCGAACCCAAAUCCCAUACCCUAAAAAUUAUAUUAUAACCAUCCAAUAUAACCCAGGUAACCUGCAAUCAGUGAAAGGUGCAGCAGUGAAAAGCAAACUAAAUAUGAAUAGGUUUUAAACAAACUCUGUGUGUUGUUGUUACUAUGAUUCAAUGUAUAUGUGUACGCACGCAGCAUUAUAUAAACGAACUACAUUAUAUACCCAACUACAAAACAAGUUGAACAAGUUGAUCCAUGCAAUGCAAAUCUGUUUGUUAUUUGUUUCUGACUGUGAAUCGUGUUGAAACAAUAAGUUUUACUAUAUUUGGUUGACUAAUGCUUACACGCUGAUGAUAUGAAUUGUUGAUAGACUUUAAGACGCGGAAAGAUGGACGACGAUUGUUUGUGGCAUUGACGCGGCAGUGGUCCUCGCUGGGAUCGUAGAGAUUCCGCCGGACAACGCCAGCAUGGACAGUAUUGGUGAAGCAAAAACAAACACAAUCUUUUGUACAUAAAUUGUUUUCUAUCUGAAUUGUUCUCAAUGUGUAGUUUAUAUACAAUAUCUUGAUAAAUAUCCAUAUAUUUAUAUUUGAAUGUUAUUUAUGUGUAGCCCAGAAGUGUUAUGAAUAUAAUCCGCAGCUAAACCCAUUAAGAUAAUAAGCAAAGAUGUUAUCUGUUUGCCUACAUAAAAUAAUUUAUGCUAUAAACUGGAAAUAAAUGUAAAACUAGAAUUGUUUGACGAUCAAGAAAUCAAUGGACUAGAUAUUGAAACAGAAAUUGUGUGUAUCGAUUUGAAAGUGUUAUUUUAAUUUAUUUUAUGAAUAUUUUGUAAUUAAUGAUCCUAAUUGCAAUACACACAUACACAUACUUACAUACACACGCUAGUAGAGUAGGAAACGAGUAAAUUUUAUUCAAUAAAUUAUAUUAAAUCAAACAAGUAUAAUUAUAUAAAUAUAUAUGUAUGUUAAAUCAUUUUAGUGGAUGUAUAAAAACAAUGGAAAGAAAAUCAAAUAAAAUAAAAAUU